CUUCGUGGUUACUUCACAUCACGUGUGAUUUCCAAAAAAAAUGAAAGAAACUGGCUUCACACGUGUGUGAAAAGCGGAGCAAAAGCGGCGUGGCCGUUCGGCGGGUAGCAAAUAGCCGUUGGGUGAAGUUCCAAAGCUCAAAAACCCGCUCUCAUGGAGAAGCUGAAGUCUCUGGUUCCAGAAACCCUAAAGCGAUCGAUCGCCGCCAGCACCGCCGACGAUCUUCCUCGAAACUGCUCUUCUCUCGCCGAUUUUCUCCUCCACUUCGAGCCCUUUCACCAAAUGGUGAGGGACUUAGCGGACCCUGAAGUAGCUCUCUGUGGAAAGAACAUAGAAGCUGCUUUGGAGGCGAAGCAAAAGGGCAAUAAGUGCUUUUUGAGAAGUGAUUAUGCUGAAGCUUUGGAUUGCUAUACCCAGGCAUUGAGAGUUGCUCCUAUGGAUGUAGAUGAAGACAGAAAUCUGGUUGCUACUUUGUAUACAAAUCGGGCUUCUGUGUUGCAGAAACUGGGUCUUCUGAGGGAGUGUGUACGAGACUGCAAUCGGGCACUUCAAACUUCUUCAAACUAUGCAAAGGCAUGGUAUAGAAGGGGCAAGGCAAAUGCUUCUAUCGGAAAUUAUGAGGAUGCAAUCCGUGACUUGGAUGUUGCUAAGGUUCUGGAGUUGUCAAUGAGUGGAAAGAGACAGAUAGAAAGUGAGAUGAAGAUAAUUUCAGAUCAGCAUAAAAGUAUGAAUCCAUCAGAACAAGAUAACGAGAAUAACUCAAGUAUUUUCGUUAUUUUCUUUCUAAUAAAGCUAGUCGUAACUCAUCUUGGGGAUGCAAGUACUAAUGACCUAAUUAAAGUACGUUGUAAUCCACCAGAUGAACUGCGCCAAAUGGAAUUACAAUGUGUCACCACACCAGAGAAAGGAAGGGGUAUGACUUCAACCAGUGACCUUCCUCAAGCCUCCUUGGUACAUACAGAAGACCCUUUUGCAAUGAUAAUAUUAAAGCCUUGUCGGGAAACUCACUGCCACUACUGCUUGAAUGAGCUACCCGCGGAUAAAGUCCCAUGUACAUCAUGUUCAACACCAUUGUAUUGCUCCCAGAAAUGCCGUAUACAAGCAGGAGGAAAAAUGUGCUGGGAUUACCCCAGCAAUCAAAACAUUCUUGAAAAUCUGUCAGCCGAUCUUGAAAAGUACAUUGCAGAUACCACUUUAAAUGUUGAACCUGAAACAGGUACUGAGCACAUUCCUGAACAUAAACAUGAAUGUAAAGGUGUACACUGGCCAGCAGUAUUGCCAUCAGAGAUAGUUUUGGCUGGCCGAGUGCUAGUAAAGUCUGUGAUCAAAAGAAGAGGUUCCACUGAUACUUUUCAUCUUAGUGAAAUUUCGGAUCUUUCUCAUCAUUAUUCGAAAAUGCCUCCAGAAACGAAGUUGGAAUUACAUAUAUAUUCUGCUGUAUUAUUAUACUGUCUUCAGCAUUCCGAUGGUUUUGAAUUACCAAUAAAUGGGCUCUCUAUUUCACAGAUUGUCAUACUUAUAUCCCAAAUUAGGGUGAACUCUAUGACAAUUGUUCGUAUGAAAUCCAUUGAUUAUCAUGGGUUAGAAGAUCAAUUUGGAAAGCUUACACCUUGGGGAGAAGGUCUAACUAGUAAUAUGGAACAGGUCAAAGUAGGUCAAGCAAUCUAUUUAUCCGGAAGUCUGUUCAACCAUUCUUGUCAGCCAAACAUCCAUGCAUAUUUCCUUUUACGCACUCUCUUUAUACGAACAACAGAAUUUGUCGCAUCGGGGGUUCCUUUGGAAUUUUCAUAUGGUCCACAGAUUGGGCAGUGGGACUGUAAGGACCGUGUCAAGUUUCUGGAAGAUGAGUACUCAUUUCGAUGUCAGUGUAGGGGUUGUUUAAAUGUGAACUUUUCCGACCUGGCCCUAAAUGGUUUUCACUGUGUCAAACCAAAUUGUUCCGGCAUAGUCUUGGAUACCGGCAUUGUUAACAUUGAAAGAGAGAAACUUAAGUAUUUGCCCAGUAUCAUCAGCACUAGUAGUGUGGAGCCUCAUCUUCAGGUUGAAGAGUUCAAUACUGAUGAGAUCAAUAAACUGGCUCCUCAUGUGCAACCCAAUAAUGUUUUCGACAUUAAUCCGGGCUUUUGUUUAAAAUGUGGUUCUUAUCGUGAUCUGGAAUCUUCCUCUGCAGCUGCAGAUAAAGCUCGGAUGUGCAUCAGAAGACUACAGGAUGCAAUAGUCUCACAAGAUGUUUCUAGUACCGUACCUUUGGAUGCUUUAAGUUCUCUUGGUCUGCUGAGAUCAACAUUUUUUGCAUAUAAUAGGAGCAUUGCAGAAGCGGAAGACAAUCUUGCUCAGGCAUUUUGUUUGGUCGGAGAGUUACAACCCGCCAUGGAACAUUGCAAAGCAUCAAUCGAGAUCCUGGAGAAGCUCUAUAACCCUAAUCACAUUGUCAUUGGAUAUGAACUUGUGAAGCUUUCAUCUCUUCAGUUAUCCUUGGGUGACUGUGCUGCCGCGGCCAGCAUAAAACGACUGUAUCAAAUAUUUUCAUGUUAUUAUGGGUCUCAUACGUACGUGAUUUUCCCGUACCUUCGAUUUCUGAGGAGGGAAAAGCACAUCAGUUCUUUGGAGGACCAACUCACAUGAAAGCAUGAUUCGGUCUGAUCUCUUCUGUUCUUGUAAGGACCAACUUCCCUGAUUCUGUUGCAAUAUCUAACUCAUCACAGACUGAUUAAUUUUAAAAACUGUUGAGAAUACUACAUGUAGAUAUAAGUUUCGAUGGAUAAUUUCUCUUUGA